UCAAACAGAAGUCAGAUUAUCCAAGCUCACCUUUCUCUGACCGUGUGUCUAUGAAGAGUGGAUGGUCAAUAGAUCAACCAGUGCACUUCAAAGACGACAUUACAUCUGACCAAGCCGAGAAGAUUAUGUCUAUACAGAUAAGCCAAGAGAAAAUGAAAGCCAAACUGAAAACUCGGUUUGAAUUGACAUUCGAAGGGGUCGCCAAGCAAGGAGAUCCACGCCCUAUGAAGGACAUCUUUACAGAACUCUGCAUCUCAGAGCACAUAAGUGAAGGAGUCAAUAAUGAACAUGAGCUGCUUCAGAUAGAAAAAGCAUCUAAGAAAUCAGCCCCAAACACACGCACAAUCACGUACAAUGACGUCUUUAAACCAUUUCCUGAACAACACAAUGUCAGAACUGUGCUGACAGUUGGAAUUGCUGGAAUUGGAAAAACGGUCUCUGUGCAGAAGUUCAUUCUUGACUGGGCAGAAGACUUGAUCUUAAAUCUGGGUAAGCUAGCUUUUCAACAACUGCAAAAGGAACAUUUAAUAUUUUAUGAGGAGGACCUGAAAGAGUGUGGCAUUGAUGUCACUGAGACUUCACCAUGCUCUGGACUGUGUGCAGAAAUCAUUAAAGAAGAAGUUGCAAUGUCUCAAAGGAAAGUGUACAGCUUUGUGCAUCUGAGCCUUCAGGAGUUUCUGGCCGCCUUGUAUGUAUUUCACGUGCACAGAAACAGCAACAGGAACCUACUUGACAAAAGAGGAGCUGCAACAGUAUUUGAGUUACACAGGAGUGCAGUGGAUGAGGCCUUAAAGAGCAGGAAUGGACACCUGGACCUUUUCCUGCGCUUCCUCCUUGGCAUCUCACUGGACUCAAAUCAAAGACUUCUACAAGAAAUACUGAUCCAGAGAGAGAACAGUUCAGAGAGUGUAACGGACACGGUUAAAUACAUUAAGAAGAAGAUCAGGGAGAAUCUUUCACCCGAAAAGUCCUUUAAUCUGUUUGAUUGUCUGAAGGAAAUGAACGACAAUUCUUUAGUGCAGGAAAUCCAGAAUUACCUGAGCUCUGGACAUCUUCUAGCUAAGCGUCUGUCGUCUGCACAGUGGUCAGCUUUGGUCUUUUUUUUAUUGACAUCAGAGGAGGUGCAGGGAGUGUUAGAUUUGAAAAAAUUCAAUCGAUCAGAAGAAGCACUAUUGAGACUGCUGCCAGUGGUCAGAUGUUCCCACACAGUUCUCCUGAAUCAGUGUAACCUGUCAGAGGAAUGCUGUGAAGAUUUGGCCUCAGUUCUCAGCUCAGACUCCCCACAGCUGAGAGAGCUGGAUCUGAGUUACAGUGAACUGCAGGAUUCAGGAGUCAAACUGCUCUCUGAUGGACUGAGGAAUCCACACUGUAAGCUGGAGAUACUGAGGCUAUACCAGUGUAAACUCACUGGAGAAUGCUGUACGUUGUUGGCCUCAAGCCUCAGCUCAAACACCUCACACCUGAGACAUUUGGAUCUGAGUUACAACGACCUGCAGGAUACAGGAGUGAAGCUGCUCUCUGAUGGACUGAGGAAUCCACACUGUAAACUGGAGAUACUGAGGCUUAUUCAAUGCAAACUCAAAGAGGAAUGCUGUGAAGCGUUCAUUUCAGCAUUUAGGUCAGACUCCUCACAGCUGAGAGAGCUGGAUCUGAGUGACAAUGACCUGCAAGAUUCAGGAGUGAAGCUGCUCUCUGAUGGACUGAGGAAUCCACACUGUAAACUGGAGAUACUGAGGUUGUCAGGCUGUCAAGUCACAGAAGCAGGUUGUGAUUCUCUGGCUUCAGCUCUGAGGUCAAACCCCUCACACCUGAGAGAGCUGGACCUGAGCUACAAUCACCCAGGAGAGUCAGGAGUGAGACUGCUCUCUGCUGGCCUGGAGGACCCCAGGUGGAAACUGGAGAAACUACACAUGGAUUAUGGCGGAGAAUGCAGGAUCAGAUCAGGACCAAGAAAAUUUGCCUGUACGCUCACGCUGGACCCCAACACAAUAAACAAACAGCUGUUGUUAUCAGAGACGGAAAGAGAGGUGACAUGGAGUGAAAUGCAGGAGCCUUAUCCUGAUCAUCCAGACAGAUUCGAUUGCAGGCUCCAAGUUCUGUGUAGUGAGAGUCUGUCUGGUCGCUGCUACUGGGAAGUUGAGCGGAUGACAAACAGCAGGAUUGAAGUAGGAGUGACUUACAAAGGAAUCGUCCGGAAAGGAGACCAUGAUAAUGAGAGUCUGCUUGGACGCAACAACAAGUCCUGGACUCUGUACUAUUCUGAUGACUGGUACUCUCUCUGGCAUGAUGCCAACGCCAUUGUCCUGCCAUUACCCGCCUCCCGUUCCCCCAGAGUAGGAGUGUACCUGGACUGGGAGACUGGUAUCCUGUCCUUCUACAGCGUUGCCUCCGGUGAACUGACCCUCCUGCAUAGAUUCACAUCCACGUUCACUGAGCCCCUCUAUGCAGGAUUUUGGGUUUACCCUCAUUCUGCAGUGUCCCUGUGUUUAUAGUGAA